AUGGGCAGAGAGAAUACAAAUUACCGUCUCGCUGUUCCUCUGAGAAAACGUGUAGCAAUUGCUCUCUGGAAGCUGGCCACCGGCAGCGGAUAUAGGUCCAUCAGCCACCUUUUUGGUGUUGGUAUAAGCACAGUGUUCAACUGUGUUGAGGAUUUCUGCGACGCUGUCAUAAAUGUCCUGCUUCCUCGACACAUUGCUACUCCAGAUGCUGCCAAGCUCAUUGAAAUGGCCACAUUUUUCCGUAACCGCUGGAGAAUACCACAGUGUGUUGGCGCAAUAGACGGAAGCCACAUCCCUAUAAUUGCACCUGAGGAGUAUCCCCGGGACUAUAACAGGAAAGGGUGGCACGCGAUCGUCUUACAAGGAGUUGUGGAUGGGAAAGGCCUGUUUUGGGAUGUGUGUGUGGGCUAUGCAGGGAGUGUGCAUGAUGCUCGAGUGCUAAGGCAGUCCCAUCUAUGGGAGCUACUAAAUGAUGGGGAAUUACUGGGAAAGACCAAAAUGGCCAUCUCUGGCAUUAACGUUGGACACUAUUUAAUUGGUGACCCGGCUUACCCCAUGCAGAACUGGCUUAUGAAGCCCUUCUCCGACACUGGCAGACUGUCAGCAGAGCAACACACGUACAACUACAGACUGAGCAGUGCGCGCUCAGUUGUAGAGAUGGCUUUUGGGAGACUAAAGGGGCGAUGGAGAUGUCUCCUCAAAAGAAAUGACUGCAAGCUGGAGCUGAGCAAGACGAUGACCUUGACCUGCUGUGUACUUCAUAAUAUUUGUGAAGAGCAUGGUGACAAUUUCAUUGAGGAGCACGACAGGCAGUUCAACAUUCAGCCUCCGGGUCAGGCAUUGCCUGAGCAUGGUGAGCUGGAAGGGGCAGACAUUAGGGCAGCCAUAAUGAGCUACUUCAACAGAAGAGAAGAAUAA